AUUAGGGAACAGAAAGCAGGCACCUGUGCAAGUGCAGUGGCUACUAGAGGGACGUAACUCCGAGAGGACUGGGGACUGAUUUCCCAUGAACUACAGGAGCAAAAGACAGCUAAAACAAAUUGUGAAUAAGUGCAAACGGGUGAGUGACACUGGGACCAAAUGAUCAGAGGAGCUUCCAAGAGACUUCAUUGCGACUUCUGAGGUUACAAAGGACAUCAUAUAAAAUCUACGGCCUUUUUUCCUCCCCUCCCUCGCUUUCAUCACUAAACUGUUGGUCAAGAUGCCCACCAAUGGAAUAAACAAAGCUUUAAAGCUCCAAUUUGGGCUCAUCAACCAUGAAAACCGUUACCUUACAGCUGAGACCUUUGGCUUCAAGGUGAAUGCAUCUGGCUCCAGUAUGAAGAAGAAGCAGAUCUGGACUCUGGAGCAGGAUGACCAGGACGGUCAGGUAGUCUUCCUGCGCAGCCACCUUGGUCGUUACUUGGCCACGGAUAAAGAUGGCAAAGUGAGCUGUGCAGCUGAGGUACCAGACUCUGAAUGUCGUUUCCUGAUCGCGGCCCAGUCAGAUGGACGUUGGGCCUUGCAGUCAGAGCCUUACCUACGUUACUUUGGAGGCUCGGCAGAUUACCUGUCCUGCUUUGCCCAGGCCAUCGGAGAGGCCGAGCUGUGGGCUGUCCACUUGGCCCUUCACCCUCAGGCUAACCUGUUAAGUGUAGCCCGCAAGCGCUACGCCCAUUUGUCUGCCCCAGAUAGUGAAAUCUCGGUGGACAGCAACAUUCCAUGGGGUGUGGACUCUCUGGUUACCCUGGUCUACAUGGGUGGAAAAUACAGCCUGAAGACUUGCGACAACCGCUUUCUCAGUAGUGAUGGCAAGCUAGUAAAAGAGUAUGUGCCUCACGCAGGAUUCACAUUGGAGCUCAGGUCCGGGAAGCUAGCUUUUAAAGAUAAUGAGGGAAAGUACCUCACUCCAAUGGGUCCUACAGGCACUCUGAAGUCUGGGAGAUGUACCAAGCCAGGCAAAGAUGAGCUUUUUGAUCUGGAGGAGAGUCACCCACAAGUGGUUUUCCAGGCAGCCAACAAAAGAUAUGUAUCCAUCCGUCAAGGUGUCAGCAUCUCAGCCAAUCAGGAUGUAGAAACAGACAUGGAGACCUUUCAGAUGGAGAUUGACAAGGAGACAAAGAAAUGCAUGUUCCGAACUAAUGCUGGGAAUUACUGGACCCUGGUCACACACGGAGGCAUCCAGUCCACAGCCACAGAAAUUGAGGCCAACACAAUGUUUGAAAUCGAGUGGCUGGGGCGCAGAGUGGCUUUGAAAGCGAAUAACGGAAAAUAUGUCUGCACCAAGAAAAAUGGGCAGCUGGCAGCCGUCAGUGAUACUGUGGGGGAUGAUGAGCUGUUCUUGCUGAAACUGAUCAACCGGCCUAUUCUGAUCUUGCGAGGGGAGAACGGCUUCGUUUGCCACCACAAGAGCUCAAACACGCUGGACGCCAACCGCUCCGUUUAUGACAUCUUCUCAUUGCUCUUCAGCGAUGGCGCUUACCACAUAAAAAGUGGAAAUGGAAAGUUCUGGUACGUCUCUGGCAGCGGCCUGGUUUGCUCAGACAGUGACAAGCCCGAGGACUUCUUCCUAGAGUUCCCAGAGCAUGGACGAGUAGGCAUCAAGGGCAAUAAUGGCAAAUACCUACGUGGAGACCAGGGCGGCACCCUCAAGUGUGACGCUGCUAGCCUGGACUUCUCCUCUCUCUGGGAAUACUGAGCCUUGUGAUGAGCUUCAGUGGGGCACUAAGGAUCAGCAGCUACAGAGCCUCAGAGACUGACGGAGAGACGAAAGCCUUCUAAUUAGUAGCUCCUCACGGCUGACUUUUUAUCGAGAUCUUUCUUUCUUCUAGACCUUUUUGCAAAAAGUGAAAUAUUAGUUUCAACGCAUCUGUUCAUGUUGUUAUCUCUGCACUGCUUUCAUGUUCAAUUCAUUUUUGAGUGUUUGUUAUCUGUCAACAAUUAAUAGUAGUUAAUAAUUUAGGCUACUGAUAAUUACGUAAUAUUUUAGUUUACAACCUGGUAAUGACACAUAUUGUUUAAAAAAGUAAAACAGUGAUAUGAACACAGAGCAAAAACGACCAAAAAACACAUCUCGAUCUCCUAAAAAGGAGACUGAAGCUUAUGAGGGAACUGUAUUAGACCAACAACAGUAAUGAUAGAGGAGAUGAUUAGACCAUUAGACACUGAAAGAUGAUUAUUAAAAUAUUAAAGCAUUGAUCAUUUUCCAUUCCUUCUAUGCAAUCACAAGUGUUUUCAAAAAAAAAAGUUUUUUGUUGUUUGUAAACAGCACUUUUCAAACUAGUCCUGAAAUUGAAUUCAAUCAUUACAACAAAGAGUUCAAUAAAAAAAGUAUUGACUUUUGCCUACCACAAUCUCCACCUCCAUCCUUUCGUCGCUGCGUUGGCAUUUCUGGCUUAACUAUUAAAAGUGUAGAAAACACUUGCAUAGACUGAGGAUCUGGGGAGGCAUGCAAAGCCUGACCAAGUUUUGC